AUGGUGGAAGCCGGAGCUGCUGAGCUCGUACCUUUCCCCUUAGCAGGGGAUUUGGAGCUUUCGGCUCUGCCUUCUGUGUCAGCCGCUGGAACCCCUGCCUUGGAAGCGGAGCAAAUUCCUUCUGAGGUAUCCGUGACUCCCUCAAAGGUUCUUCCUUUUCGGGUCGGUCAUGAGUUCAACCUUCAUCGAUUGGAGCUCGGGUACCCUUUGAUAAUUGGAGGCAUUGAUAUACCUCAUGAGAAAGGAUGCGAGGCUCAUUCUGAUGGGGACAUUUUACUUCGUUGUGUAGUUGAUGCUAUUUUGGGUGCUUUCGGGCUUCCAGAUAUUGGACAAAUUUUCCUGGAUUCUGAUCCCAAAUGGAAAGGGGCUGCAUCAUCAGUUUUCAUCAAAGAAGUUUUAUACCAGAGAUGGUACAUGGGUUUUGGUUGCCCACUUGUUGUUUUGCAGAAAGUUUUGAUUUCUUGA